AUGCCAGAUAUCGAGAAACUUUUGAAGCAGGCUGCAAUGCAAAUUGGAGCAGGUGGAUCUGCAGGUUUUGUAGAAGUUUGUAUAAUGCAUCCUUUGGAUUUGGUGAAGACAAGAUUGCAGCUACAAUCAUCAAAAACACCAGCUAGUCGUGCGGACCCAUAUUACUAUAAUGGAAUCGUGGACUGCAUGAAGAAAAUGUAUAAGCAUGAAGGUCUGACGUCGUUUUGGAAGGGUAUUCUGCCACCUAUCCUUGCUGAAACCCCUAAACGAGCUGUAAAGUUUUUUACUUUUGAACAGUACAAACAGUUUUUUAUGUUUGGUUCCAGUACACCUACACCUUUAACUUUUUCCCUAGCCGGUCUGGGGGCUGGAGUGACAGAAGCUAUUCUAGUCAAUCCCUUUGAAGUGGUCAAAGUUACCCUUCAGUCUAAUAAGGCAUUAAGCAAUCAAGUACCUAGUACAUGGUCAGUGACUCGCCAGAUUGUCAGAGAAAAUGGAUUGGGUUCUAAAGGGUUAAACAAAGGACUAACAGCUACAAUUGCUAGAAAUGGUGUAUUCAAUAUGGUGUAUUUUGGAUUUUAUCACAGUGUAAAGGGAUAUAUUCCAGAGAAUAAGGAUCCUCUUUUAGAAUUCGGCAGAAAAGUUAUAAUAGGUUUUACAUCUGGAGUUCUGGGUUCCUGUAUCAAUAUACCAUUUGAUGUGGCAAAGAGCCGCAUUCAAGGCCCGCAGCCUAUUCCAGGAGUAGUUAAAUAUUCCUCUACUAUUGGAGCAAUUCGGCUGGUGUACAAAGAGGAAGGGUUUCGAGCUCUAUACAAGGGACUUGUGCCCAAAGUGCUGCGCCUGGGUCCAGGAGGAGCCAUCAUGCUAGUGGUUUACGACUACGCGUAUCACUUUUUAGAAAAUAAGCUUAACAUGAAAUCUUAG